AUGAACAGCAAAGGUCAAUAUCCAACACAGCCAAUCUGCCCUGUGCAGCCUCCUGAGAACCCAGUGUACCCUCAGACCUUGCAUCUUCUUCAGGCUCCACCCUAUACUUAUGCUCCACCUGCCUACUCAGAGCUCUAUCGUCAGAGCUUUGUGCACCCAAGGGCUGCCACAGUCCCCAUCAUGUCAGCUGCAUUUCCUGGCACCUCACUGUAUCUUCCCAUGGCCCAAUCUGUGGCUGUUGGACCGUUAGGUUCCACAAUCCCUAUGGCUUAUUAUCCAGUUGGUCCCAUCUAUCCACCUGCCUCCACCCCCUGGAUGCCCUCCCAAUGCUGCUUAGUUUGUAGUCAUGCAGGGAGCCAAUGUCCUCGUAACUCAACAGAAGGGAAACUUCAUGGGUGGCUCAGAUGGUGGCUACACCAUCUGGUGAAGAACCAAGGCCACCUCUGUGCCGGGAAAGACAUCACAUACCUUCAGCACUUCUCACAAUGUAACUGCUUUAGUCAUAUUAACCUGAAGUUGCAGUUCAGACACAUGUUGUUGGGGUGUCUUUCUGGUACCCAAACUUUCAGUCACUUUUCAAACUUAAUAAGGAACCAUGUAAUGGUAGCAGUACCUCCUUAA